AACCUCACGCAGGCCAACGAAAUCAGAGCAUUUCAGAUCUGAAAAAAAUUCAAACAAAACUGGAGAGAGAGGAGGACAGACAAGGCCACGAAAUUAAUCAAAAUCGCUUGAAACUUAAGAAUUUGAGAUCAAUUGAUUGAUUUUUAGGGGUUUUUGAUCUUGCAAUUGAGAGUUUCAAGCCAAUUUUCUCGUUAAUUGCUGUUGAGGUUAGCGUUUUGCGUGUGUUCUAAUUCGUUUUGUUAGUUCCAUUUCGUACGAUGAACGAUCAGUCUCAGAUCCAAAUGAUGAACCAGCAGCCGCCGCCUCAUCCAGUACAGUCGCAGAUGUUGAACCAGCAAUCUCAAAUGAUGUCACAGAAUCCUCAGGUACUGAAUCCGAUUCCGCCGCAGAUAUUGAGCCAAUCACAGGCGAUGAACCAGCAUCCUCAGAUGAUGAAUCCGGUACAGUCUCAGAUGCUGAACCAGAUAGCGCAGUCGCAGGGUAUGAAUCAACCUAUGAUGAUGAAUCGUAGCUACAUGCCAUGGCCGAAGCAAGACCCCAGCAUGAAGUACCAAAACCCGCUGAUGAAUCCAGGUUUCGUACCCUCCAAGCCGAGAAGCAACUGGAAGGGCAAGAAGGGAAUCACUGACAAGCGCAAGGAGCAAAGAAGAUCAGACAAACCAUUCCCGAUUAUCCCCAAUAAUGCCUCCAAAAGUGGUCCAGGAGGCAGUGGAGGGUAUAAGCCCCCUACUCUUCACGAAUUACAGUCUCAAAAUCGCUUAAAGGCACGAAAAUUCUACCCUAACAAGAAAUUUAAUAAUAGAUUCGCACCUUAUGCACCUAGGAACACGACUUCAUUUAUUAUUCGUGCAAAGAAGGCUGGCGGUAUUGCGGAGCUAGUUUCACCUUGUCCUGUGACACCUGCGGUGCUGCCUACACCCAUGUUCUCACCAUCUAGGGAGGUUUUAGGUGACAUGGCAAAGGAAGAGUGGGGGGUUGAUGGUUAUGGGUCAAUGAAGGGGUUGAUCAGGCUGAGGUCUUCACCGGGAAAUGAGGAUGAUGAGGAGGAAGAGGGAGGAGGGUCGAGUGAAAGUGAUGUAGAAGAGCAUGUGGAAGUGGAGAGGAGAUUAGACCAUGAUUUGAGCCGGUUUGAGAUGAUAUAUCCAAAUUACGGGGGUAUGGAGUAUCACAAUGUGUUGGAGAAUAGGGUGGAUGAUCAGGAUUCCCAUAUAACGCAAUUGGAGGAGGAGAAUUUGACAUUGAAGGAGAGGCUGUUUUUGAUGGAGAGGGAGAUGGGGGAAUUAAGGAGGAGGUUGCUGGCCUUAGAGAGGCGUGGUCGGGUAGUUCAGGAUGUGAACGAGGGGGUGGUGGAAAACUUGUCUGAAGAGAAUGAGAGUGAGGGAGGAGGAUCAGAUGUUGGUGAUAAUAAUGAGGCGUUUAUUUAUGCUUCUGGGAGUGGGGAAGGACAGAGUGUUCAUAUCGACACAAAAGAAUUAGUCAAAGGUGUUGGGAAUGUUUGUACGGAAGAGUUUGUACCAAAUGAGAUGGAUGUGAAGAACGACGUCAGUAAAGAUGAAGUAGCAGGAAAUGAGUUUGGACCAGUUAAAGUGAUUUCGAACAAGGAUGAGGCAGCAGUGGAGAAUUCUAAAGAAGAUGGAAUGGAGGCGUAGGUUGACCAAAUAGUUGCAAAAUUGGAGGCGCCCAAGGACAAUAAAUCAAUAAUGCCUCAAAAGUCAAAUGAGAUUGUUAAGGAUGAUGUUAUUGUUGACCAAGAUCAGAAAAUGGUCAAGAAGCCCGGAAUGAUUUGUAGGGAAUAAGAUAGUUGCAGAGAAAGAUGGACAAAGGGAUGUGGAACUGUAGAGAAGGGCAUCGGUGGCUGUGACUGAUUUAAUCAUUCCAGCGUUAGUUUGUUUGAUCGAGAGAAUCAAUGGCUAUCUCAACUGGUUCAUGGAGUAAGCAUGCAGAACUCUUCUUUUGAACAUUUACACAUAAGGUUUUAUUGGCACCCCCGAGAAUUUGGCUUGUUGGUGUUUAUCAAUGUCGCCAAUUGGUGGAGUCAUCGUAUCUAUGGUAGAAGUUGAACACUGUUGUAAAAUUCCCAUUUAUGUGUUUAUAUGGCAUGAUUAUUGUAGCCCCCUUCUUUUUUGGUUUGCAAGAGAGAUUGGAAGGAAGAAGAUUACAGGAAGUCACAAGUUACGUGUCAGUGAAGACUGGUUAAUGAAGGAUGCUUAGGUACGAAGGAUCUUCAUUCUUUAUCAUUUCUCCUUAAGCUUCCAAUUUCUAGUUUGGUCUGACAUUAUUAUUAUUGUGGGAGAUAUUUUCAAAGGAGCUACCAAGUAUUGUUAUCAGGAAAGUUCACUUAUCUGAAAGCUAGAAAUAAUUUAUUCGUGUUAUUGAUUUUUAUGUAUGUACCUAACUGGUGCUUCUAGUGCUCUCUGUCACUUAAAUAGUAUAUGCUAAUUAUGUUUAAUUAACUGCUGCUUCUGUAUCCAUGAUGAAACUGUGAAGCGUAGGGGGAACAAGAAUAAGGAGAUUAUGUAAGUUAUUUCUGAACAAACUAAUCUUUGAUAUUUGUUUUUGCUGGUACCUGUUUCUCCCCCUUACGUUAUUUUCCAUGAGAUUUUUCCUUAUGUAUAGUGUUUGUGGUUCAGCAAAACCUGGCUGGUUGUGUUUGUGCUAUGGAAUGCGGGUGCAUGGUUGAGAUUUUAAAAGAGCUUGAGAAAGGUGCUGUUCAAAAUGUGAAUGUUCUGUGGUUUCAACUUCCCCCCUAUAGCAAGGGAUUCUGACGAUGUUGUGGAACGAUCUUUUGUCCUGGCCAUAAAUGCGCUCUCUAGCCAAGCAAGGGGGGAAGUGUUGGCUUGCUAGAUAAGUAGUUCUCUCUGUCCAUUGUUAAUUGAUUUGAUUGAUCAGUGGUAGGGAGAGGUUGAUUGUGCCCAUGUCAAUUUGAUUGCAUCUAGUUCAAUCCUCUCCAUUUGUUUUGCAAUCGAUAAGCUUCUUUUGCUUGAAAAGUUAUUAAAAUCGUUCAGCUUCUGAUUGAUUGAGGCAGCUAUUGCUAGGA